AUGGAAAGACCAAGACGAAACACAAAACGAAAAGCUUCAGAAACCACAGAAACGCCCGAUGGGCCUGCUUGCGACCUAUUAGACAGGGCUUGCAGUCCCCUCUCCCCCCAAGAGAUUGAAGCCUGGCCAGGUUGGAUUGAGCUGGAAUCUGAACCGGCCUUCUUCAACAUCAUUCUCCGAGAUCUGGGUGUCAAGAAUGUAAAAACACAGGAGCUGUUCACAAUCGACCAAGCUUCUCUGGAUGCACUCACGAAACCAGUGUUUGGGCUGAUAUUUUUAUUUCAGUAUGGACCUGAACAUGAGGAAGAUGAGCAGACUGCAAAUGCGGAUAGCGAGCUAUGGUUCGCGAAUCAGGCAAGGCUAUAUCCCAUACUUAUCCUUCCCACGCUCUUCAUUCAUGGGCUAAGGGAAGGGCAAACUCCUAACAGCUGUUCGCAGACUACCAACAAUGCCUGUGCCACUGUGGCCCUCUUGAAUAUCAUCAUGAAUGCCGACAACCUAGAUCUCGGCGAGCGACUUCAGAACUUUAAAGAAUCAACAAAAGGCUUGAGCACCGCCAUCCGGGGCCACAGCAUUAGUUCCAACAGCUUCAUUCGCAAGAUUCACAACUCCUUUACUCGCCGCAUGGACCAACUUAACGCAGACUUGUGUCUAGAGAAUGAUGUCAGCGAUUCCAAGAAAUCUGUGUCGAGAAAGGCGAGUAAAAAGAAACAUUUGAGCAGAAAGGCAGCGUUAGAAGAGUACGGCUAUCACUUUGUUGCUUACGUUCCUUGUAAUGGAAACGUAUGGGAGUUGGAUGGUUUACGAAACAAUCCUCUCAAACUAGGGCCGCUAAACUCCGAAGACUGGACUAACAUUGCCAGACCGCAUAUAGAAGCAAGGAUAUUGCAGUACGAGGACAGUCAACUCUCAUUCAACUUACUGGCUGUCUGUCGCGACCCCCUACUGCAGCACAGUCAAACCAUUGCCAGCCUGCUAGCUGUGUUGCGCUUCAUUCGAUCCCGCAUGGCGGACAGCCAUGUUUUCAAUGAACUCAUAUCUGCAGAAGAGCCUCUCCUGGACAUCAAUAACCAAGCUCAACUCGCCGAGUUUCAUUUAACACGCUCCGACAUUGAAGAUACCGAGAUACCCGAUCAUCUACUGGCCGCAGCAUCCCGUGCGAGUCGGGAAAUUCAGGAUGCAUACGAACUUUAUCAGAAACUUUGUAUAGAAGCGAAAGCUGCCAUGGGUGAAUUUCGCGCCGAGUUGAUCGCAGUGGAGGAAGACGAGCGACGAGUCAAAGGCCGAAAGCGGGAUUACGGUAGCGCUUUACAUAGCUGGGUGAAAAAACUAGCAGAAAAAGGGGUCUUGGAAGAUAUCAUUAAAAUGUCAUCAUGA